UGUCCUGGGCACACCCUUGCAAGUGACGGCGCCAUGAGCAUGACUUCCAGCGUACGAGCUGAAUGGAUCGCAGCAGUUACCAUUGCUGCUGGGACAGCUGCAAUUGGUUAUCUAGCUUACAAAAGAUUUUAUGUUAAAGAUCAUCGCAACAAAUCUAUGGUAAACCCUCACAUCCAGAAAGACAACCCCAAGUUGGUACAUGCUUUUGACAUGGAGGAUUUGGGAGAUAAAGCUGUGUACUGCCGUUGUUGGAGGUCCAAAAAGUUCCCACUCUGUGAUGGAUCUCACACAAAACACAAUGAAGAAACUGGAGACAACGUGGGACCUCUGAUCAUUAAGAAAAAAGACACUUAAAUGGACGCUUGAUGCUGCAAACCUACUUGUCAUGAUGUUUUCUAAUUGUUUAAUUAGAGUGACUACAACCUCUGUCUAAUUCACCUCUGUUCUAGAUGUGGUAUAUUGCAAACUACAGCUUUCAUAUUCACGGCAUUUGCCUUACUUGUUGAACCAUCGUGGUGCGCAUUUGUUGAAACAAAAAAAAAAGGAAAAAGUAAAAGCCAAUCUUGCGGCCUGUAGGUUAUUUUGGUCUUGUAAGGAUCCGUUUCUUUACAUUUAAAAAUGACUUUAGAAUAUAGUUGUAUGGAGAAGUUAAGAUAUUAAAUUAUUCUCAAAAUC